AUGUUAUCUCCUCCACAAGUUACUGAUCUUGAUGAUGAUGAAAUAAAGGAAGAAGAAGCUGCAGAUUUGUCACUUCCUUCAAAAUCACAAAAACACUCACAAAAUUCAUCAGUUUCUUCAAGUUAUGGAUCAACAGGUACAAAAGGUCCAAUAUAUACUUACUAUCCGUUGAAGCCAGGAAAUGAAUCGGGAAAAAUGGUAAAAAUUUACAUGAUCGAGGCCAUAGGCCAAUAUGGUUCGGGGAUGAAGCCACCCACUUAUCACGAGGUUACUGUCGUUUAUUUAAAUAAAGAAGUGGAAGAAACACAAAAAAAUGUCGAGGAGCAUCGGGUGGAAUGGAACAAGUUCGGAUGUUCUAUUAUGAUGGAUAAAUGCACAACAAGAACCGAAAAAAUAUUCAUAAACGUGUUGGUCAAUUCUCUGAGAGGAAGCUUAUUUCUUGAUUCAAUUGAUGCUAGGGACUCGUCCACUGAUUCCAUCAAGAUGUUUUCUUUGUUUAAGAGUAGCAUAGAGAAGAUUGGGCCAGAGAACGUUGUCCAAGUUGUUACAGAUAAUGCAUCUGAAAAUAUGAAGGCUGGUUCCAUGAUAAUAGGAGUGUUGCUUCACAUAUAUUGGACUCCAUGUGCAGCCCACUGUGUGAAUUUGAUAUUUGGGGAUAUUUUCAAACAAAGGUCUUUUCAAGGUGUUUUCACCAAGGCAGUUAAGAUAAGGCUUUUAUUCCACUUUUGGAAUAGUGUUGCUUAUGCUCUUAAAAUAUGUGGCCCUUUGGUUACAGUUCUUCGUUUGGUAGAUGGUGAGGCAAAACCAUCAAUGGGUUACGUUUAUGAAGCAAUGAGUAAGGCUAAGGAGGUUAUUAAAAUCUUUUUCACUGAGGAGCAUAAAUAUGCAAAGAUUUUUGACAUUAUUGAUAAAAGGUGGAGUGAUCAACUCCACAGACCGUUGCAUGCGGCUUGCAAUAUCUUGAACCCUUCACUUUAUUAUAAUCAUAAGGAUGAUUUACUAAAUAAGAAUUUGAUGACGGAAUUUCAUACUUUCAUUGCAAAGAUGGUUGUUGAUGAAGAUAUGCAAGAUAAAAUAACCGAUCAAAUAAGUUCUUAUCAAAUGCUGAGGGACUUUUUGGUAUUCCUAAUUUUGAAUAAUUACUUUACUUUAAUAGUUGAAUGGUGGAGCCUUUAUGGUUCAGAAACUCCAGAGUUACAAAAGUUCGCGAUCAAAAUUUUGGGUUUAACUUGUAGCGCAUCUGGGUGUGAAAGAAAUUGGAGCGUAUUCGAACACAUCCAUAUCAAAAAGAAGAAUAGACUAACUCUAAAGCGCCUCAGUAACUUGGUGUUCAUAAAGUACAAUAGAACUUUGAGGAGUCGCUACAAUGUUCGCAAUGGAUUUGAUCUAAUUAGCUUGGACAACAUUGAUGAUGCCAAUGAAUGGCUAACUGGAAUUGAGAAUGUUGAAGACGAAUCGGUUUUUGAUAGAGAUACUACUUUUAUGUGGAGUGUUGUUGCUGAGGCAAGUGGAGUUGAUGAGCGUCGUUAUGGUUUACGGGUUAGUACUUCAAGCUCGUAUGAUAAGGAAACAGGAGAUGAGGAAGAUGAGGAAGUUGAAAAUGAUGAGAAUUAUGUUGAUACUCAAGGAAUAGAAGAAUUGGACAACCUUAAUGAACUAGAAGAGCUUUAGAUGAACCAUUAUUAAUUUAUAUGUGAUUUUUCUUCUUUUUGGGGGGUUUGUUUUGCUUUGUUGAACUUAUUUAUCGGUGUUUCAUUAGAACUUUUUCUUAAAUAUAUUGUCUUUAUAGCUCUUUUAAAUUAUAACUUACUAUUUCAAUGCUCUAUAGGUAUUUUUUUAAAAUUAAAUUGCGCAUCACUUCAAUGAUGCGGUCGCAUCGCAUAAUGUGUGAUGCGGAGCCUUUUCGCAUUUUUCCGCAUCACAUCGCUGAACACUGCGAACAACCAACCAAGAGAGAAAACUCAGCCUCUUUGAUAAAAAUGGAAACCUAGUGCUGAGGGGGAUAACACACCUCAAAAGGACACAAAUGACUAUGGUACCAUGAAGAUUUCAAGAAUAAACGCUUCUUUUUAUUUCUUGAUGAAUAUAGUACCCAUGAGAAUGGAUGCUUACACAAUGAGUCUUAAGACUAAAUAAGGAAAGACAAUAUCAAAUAAUUAACAAUUACAUUCAAUUCAAUAUCAUUCUACUCCUAUAAUUUAGCUGUCACUAUAAAUCAACACUGAGGAAGAAACAACCGAAAUGAAAGAGCACCACAAGGAUCAGUGAUUAUGCUUUUCCUAGGUUUUUCCUUUUGGCUAAGACAUAUUCAAUUUGUAAGGGUUGCAUCCAUGGAUGCUCUUAUUUAUUUGAUAGUAUACCUAAAAAAAAAAAGAGGUAGACAUUGUUCAGGAAGCAUGAACAAAAUUAAGCAUAGGAUAGAACAAAUAAAGGAUCAGUGUAAUGAAAGAUAAUGGCAUAAAGAACAUGUAACCUGUUAAGUGGAAUGUGUGAUCUCCCCAAGUCAUUCCUGGGGCUGAUAUUUUUUACUUCAUGCAUGAAUUAACCAUAGAACGUACUGUCUCUGGC